AUGUCUAAUAAUCCAGAAGAAGAAUUACAAAGUUAAAUGAACUAGAUCAUAGAAAAUGGGAUAUUAAAAAAUAUUGAAAAUGUGUAGCUUAAGAAUAAAGUUCUUUAAAGUCUUUAGUUGAAAAGAGUUUCAAAGUUAACUUUAAUUGGUAUUGAUAUAAGUAAAAACUAAAAUAAAAAUAAGUUCUUGACUUAAAAUUUCGAGGUGGAUCUACACAGCUGAAGGAUAAAUAUUCAAAAACAUAUGUUAAGUUGUUUGCUUAAUUACCUUAACCAAAAGACGAGAUUAUCAAUUAUAUUCUUUUCUUAAUCACCUAUAAUAUUCAUUGGUAUUUAUGGAAAGAUGCAUAAUAUAAAGAAUAAGUGAACAUUAGGUAGUUUUUUACAAUAAUUGAAGAUUUGUAUACGAUUGCUAUCAUAUAGUAAUAUUUUACUCGAAUGGAUUAUAUGUUUCAGAUGCAUAUAUAAGAGGAUAAAUAGAUAAAAUUUUCACAUCUAAAUUUUUAGAGUAUGAAAGAAUUCAAGAUCAGAUAAUAUUGUAAAAGAAAUUGGAGUAGAAGAGAAAAGCUUAAGAAAAAACAUUUUUAGGUAGGAAGCUUAUGUUUCCAAAUUUAUCUGGUGAUGGAUUAACAUUUGCUAAACAUNAAAAGAUGAAAAGAAAGAUGAAAAGAAGGAUGAGAAGAAAGACGAGAAAAAAGACGAGAAAAAAGAUGAAAAGAAAGAUGAAAAGAAGGAUGAGAAGAAAGAUGAAAAGAAAGACGAGAAGAAAGACGAGAAGAAAGAUGAGAAGAAAGAUGAGAAGAAAGAUGAAAAGAAAGAUGAAAAGAAAGAUGAGAAGAAAGAUGAAAAGAAAAAGGAUGAACCUAAAUAGAGCCCUGAAGAAAAGAAAUUUAGAUCAUGUAUUGAAGAUAAAUGUGGAUCAUAAGCUAAAGCAUGUGACAAACAAUGCAAUUCAAAAUUAGAAUAAUGCAAGGAUGUAGUUUAUGUUGCUGGAUACUAAGCUGUAAGACUAUUAAAAUAAUUUUUUAGUAUUUGGAUUGCAUCAAUGAAAGUAAGCCUGCAGUUGCCCUACUUGAGUGUGUUUAAUCUAAAUGCUUGGAGUGAAAAUAAUUUUAAAUUUAAGCAAAUUCAUAUCAAAUAAUUAUAUAAAAAA